AUGAGCAGAAAGCCCGAUGUCGGGGGGCCUCUCGCCUUUGGGGGUCCCCGUGUAGCCGCCACCGCUGCCUCUGGCGCUCGUGGCGGACGGCGUCGGGAACUCAGGGAAGAGCAAAAGAUCGAAAUAAAAGAGGCGUUUGAGUUGUUCGACUCGGAAAAGACAGGGAAGAUGGAUUACCACGAACUCAAAGUUGCGAUGCGGGCUCUGGGAUUUGAUGUCAAGAAAGCGCAUGUGCAAGAAAUCAUGCGAUCUUACGACAAGCAAAACACAGGAUUCAUUACUCAAGGCGAUUUCGAGGAAAUAAUGACGCAGAAAUUCUUGGAUCGCGACCCAACGGAAGAACUCCAGAAGGCAUUUCGCCUUUUUGACGAUGAUGAUACGGGGAAAAUAUCUUUUAAAAACCUGAGGCGUGUUGCAAGGGAACUGGGAGAGGACUUAUCAGACGAAGAACUACGGGCCAUGAUAGAUGAGUUUGAUAGGGACAUGGAUGGCGAAAUUAGCAAGGAGGAAUUCAUGUCCAUCAUGAAGCAGACGAGCCUCUACCAGUAA